CUAGUGUAUGGCUUGUUGUACAGUAACAUGUGUAUGAGUAAGUUGUCCACUGCAAGAACAAGAUCUGAUUCCAUAUUCUUGUGCCACUAAUUCCCCUUUUCCUGAAUGCAUCAUGGUUAUCAACAAAUCAAGCCAGCCUUGCCUCAGUGCCUAUUGCCUUAAAAUAAUAUAUAUACUGAUUGAUGUUAAUUCUCUUUUACUAAUCCUUAGUUAAUCCUAAUCCUUCUUAGUAUUCAGGACUUCUACUUGUAACAAAGUUUUUCUGUACUACUGUGUUCAUACUUUGAACAAGAUCUGAAUAGUCAUCCUACAACUGCAGUGCGAUAUGGACAAAAUUUCCUUACUCUUGUUGAGGGUUAAGGCCAGAGGAUGUUGCACUGUGUUAAGCCCAAUGAGGAAAAUUGAAUGAUUUGUGAAUAUGGGUAAGGGUUACAAUAAAAUGUGAUUGAUUGAUAACAAAAUGAAAAUGUUCCUACCAGGCAAUAUAAAUAAUUAUGACGGUAAUUAUCACAUUUAUUAUUUUAAUUUUAAAGACAGAUUUUUGCUCCUGGGUGAAGAUCUUUUAUAUGAGCUGAGAAUCACAGUAAUUAUAGACAUAUAUUGAUUGUGUUAUCACUGUGCUUGCACAAUGCAUACGAAUUACAUCAAUACAUAUUGUACUUUUGUUGUAUGGCUAAUGUUGAAAAUUAUAGUGCAAUAAUGAAUUGAUAAAAUGUUAUCGCAAAGCCCUAAGUCAUAGGUCACUGAAAGUAAGAGUAGUCUAGAUGACUGAACGCUAAGUCUAAGAAUAAAUGUUGAUUAGUUAAUUAUUCAUCUAUUUAUUUAUCAUUUUAAUAUGUUAUGUAUUUCCUUAAAUACCAAUUAACCCUUCCUACAGGCAUAACCCUUCCUACAGGCAAUCUGCUGUUACAAGUACAAAUACAGAUUGCUUGGUUACACUUAAACUAUUGGUUUCAAAAUACUUGAUCUUUUAAAGAUGAUUUUUAUUUUAUAUUGGACUGUUUGACACAAAGUAAUUAGAUACUAUUUUUCUUACUGCAUGUAGAUGGCUGCCAUUGAUAAUUAAUAAUGUAUAAAUAACACACAAACAGCAAAAGCUGCCAUACAUGUUCAGUGUCUGGUAACAUGUAUGGCAGAUAUGCGUCUCCGAUAAAACUAAAUCUAAUUAAUAGUAUUACCAUUAUUUCACUUAAUGGAUGUUGCUAUUGUGCAUGCGUGAACUACCGUCUUAUGGAGCACUGCCCCCUCAGGAACUUGAGAAAUAUGUGUGUGUUGUUCCCUCUAACAACAAGAUGAGACGUCCGCCCCUGCACCACUCUCAUGGAUGGGAGCGCUCUCUGCUGGUCGGCAGCUGAAUUUUAUAAUAAUUAAAUAAUUAAUACAGGAUUUGAUCAAAGCCCCCACCACACACGCACACACACACGUUGGCACCAUCAGCACCGACAUGUUUUGCGGCUCUCGCCAUUGGUGCUGAUGGGUUCAGUGCUGCAGGAGCGGGUCCCACAGCCUCAGCUCCUGGUGGAGAGCAGGGUGCGGAUCAGGGAGGCGCAGGAGAGCAUCCGGAGGAAGAAGAGCAACAACAGGCCUCAUGAUCCUAGCAACAAAAUGGGAAUCCGGCCCCAGCCACAAAGGAAGUCAUUGCAGCUACAGUAUAUGUUCCCAAGUCAGGAGAAUAACAACGAGAAGAGAAUGCAGCAAAGAAGAAAGCACAAGCCCCACCCCCCCCAGACGAAAUGCAACACCUUUCAAAACAGUGCUCAGGGAACCUUGGACUCAAAGUCCCAUCCACCUACCUCUGCAGAAGACAGGAUGGAGCCCAAGGUGCAGCCAGCUGCUCAGCGCUCCGGCCACAGGGAGAAGAAGCGCACAGGAUUCAGAGGGGGCAGACACACACCAGCCUUUCCCUGCCACCACCUGUCUAACUCCAGCCCCAAUCUGGACACACUAUCACCAAAACCAGAGGUGGGACGUCUGAGCAGCCACGGAGAUUGUAACAGUGACACUGACACCGACUUGUCAGAGUCAGAGAGAGGUCCUGUGUUGCCCUCUGGUCGGGUUCCUCCACAGCUCGAGUUGAGGCCAGAUGUUCCUGAGGCUGAAGACUGCCCUGCCCGCAGCCAUAGGCCAACACUACAAGGCAGCAGAGGGUAUGACUUCCCAGACUUCCUUCCUCCACCUUUUAACUCAUGGAACCUCAGUCAGCUGGCUCUCUUCUACAACAUGGAAGGCCUGGGGGCGUCUCGGCCUAGGCCAGUGGGAUGUUUGGAAACGUACCUGGAGAGGCUGCUGCAGCUGGAGUGGCGUCAGAUCCAGACUGUCAUGGAGGAGAGUGGGAGGUCUGCUGUGUCAGAUGUAACGUCCAGCUGCCACAGGUCACCAGCUGCUGCCUCGUCACGCCUCAGCUCUCCAAAGUGUAUCCUACAGUGUCAGCGUGCCUUCCCUCUUACCUUCCUCUCUACCCUGGCCGGUCACUCUACCCUGCUCUCCGGCUGUGCCUGCUCUCUGUGCCGCAUCCGCCUCUCCACCUGUAAAACGUCAUGCUGCCGCUCCACCCACUGCCACACCCGUCCCUCUAGACUGAGCCCCACGCCGGAGCCCAGAGGAGCUGCAUCGCUCCCAAAAAGGAGCUACAGUGAGAGCCGGGUGCACUCCUCCGACAGGAACACGGGCUCCCAAGCCCAGAGGUUAAGCAGCCCUGUGAGGGCCAACAGCCACCUGAGGAGAAUGCAGGCCUCUGGCAACAUCCGCAACCCGGCUCAAGGUGCUAACACUAGGCCUCAUUCCACCGACAGGGACUCAAGUAUUGGAGAACGGGGGGAUGCAUUAGAUUACAGGAUAGGGGGGUCUAGGAAAAGGAGUGACUCGGAGCAGAGGAAAGGUGGAGGAGUAGAGAGACGACAAAAUGGAUGGGAGAAAAGACGGAGUGGUUCUGAGUGUAGAAGAGGAGGAACCGAGCGUAAGAGAACAGCUGAGUUGAAUGAACAAGAAAUAAAACCAGAUGCUGUCACUGCCAUAAUGGACAAUUUACCAAGGUCCAAAUUCCCUCCUGUUCACAGGCCAAACAGACCAAAACAUGUUGAAUUUGUUACUUAACAACCUGAGUUCUGUAGGAUAUUUAUUGUAAGUCUGUAAUUUCACUCUCCAAAUGUUUACAAUUUUCAUUGUUUGAAUGUAUUGAUGAAAAGAGUAGCAAGCUGAUGACGUUGAAGAUUUAGUUUGAGAAUAUGAUGUUUUUCCAUAUUUCUCUGUUCUCAGGUUAUUAUUAAUACAUAAAUAUGUGUAAUCCAAUGCUGUACGGCACUAUUUGUUGUAACAUACCUCUUAUGUGCAUGUGGGUAUUAAUAUCAAUACUUUUCUAGUUUCUUCUUACUUUCAGUAUUACUUGUGAUGUAAAUGAAUAAUCUGCCAAUCAACAAACAGAAAAGCCUCACAAACAUUAUUAAUGGUUACGGACAAAUUAUGAUUGACUGCUGCAAUUUCUUAAAGUGACUGAUAAAAUGAGGGAAAUUAUGAUGUAAGCCUUGUUCUUCCCUUUCCUCAGGCUUUCUGAUUAAUUAUGAAAUGAUUUAACUUUGACAUUUGUGGAUCGAUCAAGGGAUGGGGAAGGACAUGUACUGCUCUAUUUCUGUCACCUUCUCUUUGAUUGUGUCUGCUGGAUGUUCUCACUAAAAUCUCUUCCGUCGCUGUCGUGAAUAGGAGGAAGAGUUUAUUAAAUUCUAUUUUCAUCCCA